CUCCCCCCCGAAUCCGACUCUGUCCAUCUCCAACACCUUUUCUUUAUUGUUCUUCGGGUGUAUUCCCGAACCCAGCUGCCGCACAUCCCCAUAAUCCUUCCAAUAGAAAAAAAAAAAGGAUGGAAUGAGUGCAGAUGUGCCUAUCCAAGAAGAGGAACUUCAAGCCAUGACUGAAAAUGACCCAUCUGACGCAAAUGCUCCCCUGCUCUCGAACGAUGCGGUCGCUAACCAUCCACACGAAAAUGACGAUGAUAUCCCAAUACAGGAUUUGGAGUCAGGCUACUCGGGAGGCUGGUUCAUCUGGAUCUUGACAUUCUCCGCGGGGAUUAGUGGGCUCUUGUUUGGAUAUGAUACAGGUGUUAUCUCAUCUACCCUCGUGUCAAUCGGCUCUGAUCUCUCUCGCCGUCCCCUUCAUACGUUGGACAAAAGCCUGAUAACAUCUUGCACGAGCUUAUUUGCCUUGCUUGCAAGCCCGAUAGCCGGGAUCAUGGCUGAUAAACUCGGCCGUCGGAGGGUCAUACUGGUUGCAGAUGCACUUUUCGCUCUCGGUGCAUUGUUACAGGCUGUCACAAGCGAAGUAUCGGGCAUGAUCGUUGGGAGAAGCAUUGUCGGCUUGGCAGUCGGCGGUGCUAGUUUGGUGACCCCGUUGUACAUAUCUGAGUUAGCACCACCGCGUGCCCGGGGACGACUUGUUACGAUUCUCUGCCUGUUGAUUACCGGGGGCCAAGUUAUAGCUUAUAUCAUGGGCUGGCUGUUUUCAUCUGCUCCUGGAGGCUGGCGUUGGAUUGUCGGCCUUGGGAUGGUACCGGCAGUGCUACAGUUUGGAAUCGUACUUGUAUUACCAGAAACUCCACGCUGGUCAGCGCAAGCAGGGCUUGAGGCCAGCGCUAUACGCUCUUUAAUGAAGGUAUAUCAGGGUCAUCCCCACAGAGAGCGCGUCGCGAACCAAGUUUUACAUGGUAUCCAACGGGAAAUAGCCGAAGAAGAGGAGGAGCUUGAUAUUUGCAACGAUGCACCUCGAAAUAGCACGCGGUGGAUGCAAAACAUUACCCAGCGUACUCGCGACCUAUUUCUCACACCUGGAAACCGGAGGGCUUUAACAAUUGCAACGAUGCUGCAAGGCUUACAACAACUAUGCGGAUUCAACAGCCUUAUGUAUUUUUCGGCCACUAUUUUUUCCAUUCUUUCGUUCUCUUCGCCAACACUCGCCGCACUUUCAGUGGCCAUGACCAACUUUGUUUUUACAAUGCUCGCAUUCGUCUUCAUUGAUAGAAUUGGCCGGCGCCGCAUCCUCCUCUAUUCUAUACCCGUCAUGGGGGUUUCUCUUGUCGUCUGUGCCUUGACGUUCCCGUCUCUGAAGCUGCCGAAUCUGUCCGAUCUCCAACAAAGCUCAGGAAGCAGCGUCGCUGCCCGCGAUGAUUCCUUGCUACCAAUGAUUAUUCUCAUUUGCUUUACAGUAUACACGGCAUCCUACGCAUUUGGGCUCGGCAAUGUGCCUUGGCAGCAAUCCGAACUCUUCCCUCUCAAUGUACGUUCGCUCGGGUCUGCAUUCGCCACGGCGACAAACUGGGGGUCAAACUUCGUCGUCGGGCUUACCUUUCUGCCUAUGAUGGAGAUUCUCACCCCUGGCUGGACAUUUGCGGUUUACGCAGCCAUUUGUACUAUUGGCUGGUUUUGCGUGUGGUUCAUUUAUCCCGAACUCAAUGGUCUUAGUCUCGAGGAGGUCAAAUGGCUCCUUGCUGCCGGCUGGGGGCUGGACAAAGGCCUUUCAAGGGCCGAGAGCACUCGGACGAGGUGAGAUGCAUAGUAUCAUGAUCGAACCCUCUUCCGAUUGAACCGGUCCAAUGGCUUCCAAGGUGCUUGUUCAUGAGUAGAGUAAUCGCAAUAGAUCAGUAGAAUAUACAUCUGCU